CGCUGGAGAGUCGGCGAGGUGACGCAUUGUGUUGCGCUUGGGUCAUACCCAAACGAGCUGUGAAAGUUGGGGGAGGUGCCCUGCGCGUCUUCGGUAUUUUCCUGUCAUUGUACCGGGGAGGUCAGUCAAGAUGGGCAAUGCACAGAACAGGGAGCGUCACCGCUCCAGCGACUCACCUGGUGGCUCAGCAUCACCUGUGGGCCGCUUCAGCGACUCACCAUUUGUCUUCGACCACGACCGACGGCGCCACUCGUCGGCGCAGGAGGAGUCGCCGCUGGUGCUGCCGUCUGGCGGGCGGCGCGCCAGCGGCGUGGAAGGCACGGCGCCGCCGUCUGCGCAGCACGCGCCGCUAAGCGCGCAGCGCUCGGUGCCGAUCGGCGUACCACGAGCCAGCCCCGAGCCGUCGGCCGACGGCGGCCAGGCGGCCGCGCGCCGUCUGCCCGUCGUCAUCCAGUGGCGCAAGGGUGGCCGCGACGUGCAGCUGUGUGGCAGCUUCACCGGCUGGAAGCCGAUUCCGAUGGCGCGCAGCGAGAGCCACCUAGACUCGGAGCACAUGAGCAUCGUCAACCUGCCCGAGGGCCAACACGAGUACAAGUUCCGCAUCGACGGCGAGUGGGUGGUGGACACCAGCGAGCCCACCGUCGACACGCCGUCCGGCGACAAGAACAACUACAUCACGGUGCGCGUCGACGACUUCAGGGCCUGCGACGCGCUCAACAUGGACACGGUGCCAGCUGGCCACGAGCUGUCCGGCUCGCCGCCCGGCUGCUACUCCCAGGAGCUGCCGCAGCCCAAGCCGUGGAUGCCGGCGCAGCCGACGCAGCCGCCGGCACUGCCGCCGCACCUGUUGGAGGUGAUCCUCAACAAGGACACGCCCAGCUCGUGCGAGCCCACGUUGCUGCCUGCGCCCAACCACGUCAUGCUCAACCAUCUGUACGCGCUGAGCAUUAAGGACGGCGUGAUGGUGCUCAGCGCCACGCACCGCUAUCGUAAGAAGUACGUCACCACGCUGCUGUACAAGCCCAUCUAGGACGGGCGGCGGCGGCUCCGGCCGCGGCGGGCGGGGCGGGUCGCUCGGUCGACGCCCUGCGGCCCGCCCUUAGGGUCCGCCGGAGCGACGCGGCCCGACCGGCAUGGGUAGCGGCUGUUGGCGCCCCCUCUUCCGGCUGGUGGUGCUGGCUGUUCCUCUGUCGUCGGGCCGAUCGACGGGUGACGUGUGCGAAGACUAACGCCCAUAUCAUGUGUAGCUGAUCGUGUUUUAUGCAACUUAAUGGUGGCUGGUGGAGAAGCUGAUGUUUUUGGUGUAUAC